UCUGGAUUUUGGGGCUGAUUUUGAAGCUGAAUUCCGGGAUUUCGCUCUGAAUUCCGGAUUUCACUCCGGCUCAGCGCCCGGCCCCUCCCUGACCCCAAACCCCCCGAACCCCCAGAACCUGAGCGCGGCCGAGGGCCCCAACUACGUCUCGGCCGGCGCCGCCCCGUCCCGGCUGCCCCAGCGGCACUUCUGCGCCGUCUGCGGCUUCCCCUCGGGCUACACCUGCGUCACCUGCGGGGCCAGGUACUGCUGCACGCGCUGCCUGGGCACCCACCAGGACACCAGGUACGGGGGGAGCCCAAAAUGGGGCAAAAACAGGAAAAAAUGGGAAAAAACG